CAGCGUCAGGACACGGUCGUUGGUGAAGGUAAACACGGCCGCUGUCAGCUGAGAGGCUGGAGUUGGAACACAGACAUCACAGUGAAGCAGGCUGGAGCCGUCACGUCCCGCCAGAGGUGUCCUGGAUCGUCACAGUCCGUCACUGUCACGCUCUAAAUCUCAAGCUCAUCGUCACACUGGAGGAAGUACACUGGUAAUUUCAACACGUGUUCAACAUUUCAACACGAAACGUGUUCGAAACGUGCCCAUAACCUCAACUUACAAAUUUGGUCACAUGAUAAAUUAGGAGCGAUUGAAGAAGUUUAUCCUUUGAAGAGAAAUAGUUAACAUGUAAUGUGAACAACUAGUGCACUGAAGCUCACGCUACCAGCAGGGGUUAGAUGCACAUUGGAAGAAUAUUAAGCUUCAUUCUGCUAACAGAAGGUGCAGCAGUGUGCAUAUUACAUUCAUGGAUAUUAGAGGCUGUCUGUUUUGUUGACUUAGUACAUUUUUGGUAUGCAGUAUGAUUCUCAGGUGUCAAGUAUUGGACAGUGGUAGUGAGUGUGAGAUAAGUGAUGCCAUGUGUUGAUACAAUGCCCUUCUCAUACAUUGCUGGAUUGGGAGUUCAGUUCAUCACUCAGAGUGAGACCUUUCAUCGAAAUCAGCUGUUGGUAAGUGAUGAGGAAGUACCUUGGAGAGGCAAGUACAUCAUUGUUAAAAGUGUCUUCGUAUUGUUUGUACAAAAAAUUUAUCUUGUAUUUACUGGUGAGAGAAAUGAUUCCACUAUUUUAUGUGUGUAAUAUUCUUCACAUAAUACACAGUUCACAUUACAAAUUAGAGUUAAGAACAAAUAAACAUUUUAUUGCUACCUCUCAAGUUCCUUCUCAUAAAUAUGUUCUAUUACAUUGUAUCAUGGGAGUUGGGCCUGGAAUUGUUUUUGGUUUAACAUUGUAAAAAAUUAAUACUAGAAUUUUCUCAUAGUAAAACAGACACCUUAUAGGAGAACAUAUUAUCGUUGAUGUAAUCAUUUCAGACCAUUUAGGAAACUGUUUUCUGAAAAUGAGAUUAUGUUGCAGAAACAUACACAAGAGCUCUGAAAUAUAGUUUGCUGUUACUAUUGUUUAAUAAAGUUUGCAUAACAAAUCCAUUAUUUUUUAAGGGCACCAGCAUUGAUGAUCAUUGUUAAAAAGACUUUAAUUAAUGAUAAAUAUUGUAGUGCAUUUGUCAAAUGUAAAGUUAUAUCAGGGGCCAAAAUACUUAAAAAACAAUACCCAAUCCAAUGUCUAAAUUUUCCAGUCCAAUCCAACAUUGUUGUUCAGUGUCUUUAUUACUUUACAUACAAUGAAUCUUACAAGUAGUUUGAGAGUUCAGUCACCAGAGAAACCUUACAAGUGUUUAGUAUGUUUAAAAAGCUUCUUAUUUAAACUUAAUCAAGUAAAACAUAUGCGAAUUCAUGCAGGAGAGAAAUCUUUUCAGUGUUCCGAGUGUCUUAAAGACUUUGAUUGCAAAUCACAGUUAGUACUUCAUAUGAGAGUUCAUACAGGAGAGAAACCAUAUCAAUGCUCUGUGUGUCUAAAAGACUUCUCUCAAAAAUCAAAUCUAACAACACACAUGAAACUACAUACAGGAGAGAAACCAUAUUGUUGUUCAGAGUGCUUGCAAGACUUUUCAAAAAAAUCAAGUCUAGCAACACACAUGAGAGUUCAUUCAGACGAGAAGCCAUAUCAGUGCUUGCUUUGCCUAAAGACCUUCAAACACAAAUCAAAUCUGGCAAUACAUUCAAGACUUCAUUCAGGAGAGAAACCUUAUCACUGUUCAGAGUGUCAAAAAAACUUUACACGGAAAUCUUCUCUAGUAACACACAUGAAACUUCACUUAGGUGAGAAACCACAUCACUGUACAGAGUGCAUAAAAUCUUUUUCACAAAAAUAUGACUUGGUAAAACACAUGAGAAGUCAUACAGGAGAAAAACCAUUUCAGUGCUCUGAGUGCCUAAAAUCAUUUUCACAAAAAUAUGAUUUAGUUAAACAUAUGAGGCUUCAUACAGGAGAGAAACCUUAUCAGUGUUCGGUGUGUCAGAAAGAUUUUCCACGAAAAUCAUAUCUUUCAGCACAUAUGACAUUUCAUACAGGUGAGAAACCAUUUCAUUGCUCAGUGUGUCUAAAGGAUUUUAUUCGAAAAUCUGAUCUAGUAAAACAUGCAAGGAUUCAUACAGGGGAAAAACCAUAUAAAUGCUCUGAAUGUCAAAGAGCCUUUUCUUGUAAAUCAACUUUGAUAAACCAUAUGAAAGUUCACAGUAGAAACCAUACUGAUGUUGAGAAUGUCUUAAAGAACAUUAACACUGACUCAAUUUAACUAAUUCUAAUCUAACGAGAAUCAAUUCUCUUUGGCCCAGAAUUCUAAUUGCCAAAUUUCACAAAUAAAUGGGAUUUUUCUGUGGAGAGCCCCGGCUCCCCGGAGCUAUACCAGGCUGAUAAGUAUGUAUUAGACCGUGGCAUCAGUCAAUUCGAUUGGAGUUCUAGCUUACUGGGGACCAGGAGCCAGAACCUGGCGCCCCUUAGAGAGGCACAACUAGCAAUGGCCUAUAGAA